AUGAGAGUCCCACACAAGGAGCAGCCAUACAACUUUGAUAUUUGCAUAAUACAAUUCCCUCCACAGCGAUCUAGAAAAGCACGUUGCUACAAUACAGAGGAGAAACCAUACAACUGUGAGAUUUGCAGCAAGACCUUCUCAUAUAAAUCUAGUUUUUUGAAGCAUAUGAUAAUGCAUACAGACGAGAAACCAUAUAACUAUGAGCUUUGCAAUAAGGUCUUCUCACAGAAACAUAAUUUGGUGAAAUGCAUGGGAGUUCAUACAAAGAAGAAGUCAUAUAACUGUGACACUUGCAAUAGUCUGGGAGGCAACAUGAGAACACAUACUAUGGAGAAGCAUACAGUUUGUGAAAUUUGUAACAAACACUUCUCAAGGAAAUCUAAUGUAGCAAUUCAUAUGAGAGUACAUACAAAGGAGAAGCCAUACAAAUGUGAGAUUUGUGACAAAGGUUUUUCAAAGAAAAAUAGUCUAGAAAGUCAUAGGAGAGUACAUGCAAAAGAGAAGCCAUAA